UUUCGAAGCUUAGUCAGACAAACAAAUCGGACUGAAUGCGUGGAGCCAACUGCCAACGAUGUCUUCGCUUUGUGCUUACCGCUUGUGCACAAGCAAAUUCGAGCGAGGAAGCAGCAAGCUCUCGUACCACAGGUUUCCAAUGAACAAUGAACACCUACUGCAAAAAUGGCUCCUUGCUAUGAACCAGCCAGGUUUCACCCCGACAGGGCGCCACAUGCUAUGCUCAGCACAUAUUGAAGAAGCUGCAUUUCUCGCUGGUCUACAGUGCCGCCGCCUUCAUGAGGGUGCAGUGCCAUCCAGGUUCUACACUCCACACAAUGAUAAAAAGGCGCAUGACACUCCGUCACCAGCCACUGAGGAAGCCUCACGUAGCUGCCACAUACGGAGUGAUGGUGGGACAUCAACUACUGCCUUGGAGAAUGUCCUUCUUGACCACACGUACAGCUCCGCAGAGCAGCCGGAGGGCAGAAUGAAGAGGUUCAGAGAAGACCUGAAUGCAGCACGAAAAAAAGUCAAUUUACUGCAAAAAAAGCAAAUCGCUAUAGCAAGAUUAAUGAAGCCUUGGGAAGUGUGGCAGGGGAACAACAUGAGCACUGCACACAUCUACAAGAAUUAGCAAAGAAGGAGGCACAUCUUGAAAAUCUGACGCAAGGAAUUGUUGCGAAUUGGCAGAAUAAUGUGGUAGAACAGCCCCGUGGAAGAAGGUACACACCAGAAAUGAAAACUUUCGCAUCAACCUUGCAUUACUACUCCCCCCGGGCCUAUGAUUACAUGAGCACAUUGUUUCCAAUGCCGAGCGUACAAAAAAUCCGACAAUGGCUCAAGGUCAUUGACGGUUGGCCAGGAUUCACUGCCGAGGUGCUGAACGACCUAAUGGGUAGGCACAAGGACGGCAGUCCACGUGAGCGUCUUUGUUCCAUUUUACUUGAUGGCAUGAGCAUCAGCAAGGCAUGUGAACUAGACAUCCCCACAGGCCGUCUUAUUGGAUAUGCCGACCUUGGCCAGAACAAUGUACAACCAAGUGACCCCAGAAGCACCCCACUUGCUACUGAUGCUCUUGUAUUCAUGGUUGUUGGGCUGGCAUCACCAUGGAAGAUGCCCUUUGGGUAUUUCUUAAACGCUGGCCUGUCAGGUGAAGUGCAGCGGGACCUGCUAUUGCAGGCUAUCCACCACCUGCAAGAGUGCGGCGUAAGAGUGGUGGCAGUUGUCUGUGACUGUCUCGGGGCAAAUGUCCAUAUAGCUAAGCUGCUCGGCUGUCGAGUUCAUGAAUGUUCGUACAGUGCCCUGAGGACAACAUUUAAGAGCCCAGUCAACAAGCAGCAGGACAUUCACAUGGUGUUUGACGCGUGCCAUGGCCUUAAGUUGUUGAGGAACCUCCUCGGAUACAAGGAGACUCUGACAAGCAGCACAUAUAGGGUAAACUAUUUUUUUUUGAAUAAUUAUCAUUGCCUCUUUCAAAAGCAGUGAACAUGCUUUACAAUGUGGUGUAAUGCUCACACUGACACAGAAUGCUUGCUGUGUUAGUGGAUUGUUUGCAAAACAUUCUUUCAUUGUUUUCCCUACUUUUUAUUCAGUGACGUCAUUUAAGGUGUGUCACUACAUUUCAGAAAAAGUUGUACAAAUGAAAUGUGAAAGUCAACUUCAUGUUCAUCUUCCGACCAAAAUCAAUGCGUAAUUGUAAUGUGGUUAAAGUCUUAAAGCAGUGGAAAUAUAUUCUUAGUACUAACCAUGUGCCAAAAUGUGCGUGUCAAGGCGUCAGUGAUAACAAUAAACUUGUAGGCUCCCCGCAAAAAUUACCAGUUGUGCAAUUAUAUUACAGGACUGUGCAAUGAGUAACCAUAAUUUGCACAUGGUUAUGUCGAACCACGCAUUAUUUAAACACCUUAUGAAUUAAUAAAUAAUGUUUUCAUAACAAAAAUUUCUCCAAAGCAUUGCCCAUACUGGCAAACUUUACAUUAUGUUUCAACCAUUGGUGUUAACCGCACAGGCUCCUGUAUGAAGAAACUUGCCACAAAUACAUAGUGCGAAUCAAGGAAACUGUUACGAG